GUCUCGUUCCUCGCUGGCUUUCCGGCACACGCCCGGCGCACCCGGUCUCCGCCACUGACCCUUGGGCUCCGCCGGGCGGUUGGUACUGGAGCGCGGCGGCGGGCUCGCGGAGCGCCCCUGCAGCGCGGGGCUGCAGCAGCUUCUCUCCUGCGGAGUUGGGCGUCCGCAUCACCUGGCUGCAGGCAGGAAACACGCUCGCUUGGUCCCCAGCUGUGUUGCAGAGAUAGCCUCCUGGCUGAUGGCUGGACAGAGGUGCUCAUCACUCAACUCUUCCAGAAAGAAAAGCUAAAGAUGCAUAAUUGUGUUCUGAGAGGUUACUCACAUGUGUUGGUAUAGUAAAACAACACACAAGGAGCCAACAAUAAUGCAGUUGAAGGACGUAAAAUGAAAACCAUAAGUUCAAGUCAAGAAGAGAGAAAGAAAAUAAAGCGAAGCUGUUUCUUGUCCUAUGUAUUCAUCAGAUCAUCUUGAAAUUUAACUAAAAUGACAGCGAACUGUUCUUUUCAGCACCUGUUACUUCAGUCAAAGCAGCCCCUAGACAUUAAUUGUCUGUUGUUCUUGAUCAUAAUUGGGAAAACAUUAUUAAAUAUCCUUAUACUGGGGAUGAAAAGGAAAGACACCUACUGGAGUUUUAUCGACUAUUUCUGUUUUUCACUAGCUUUUGUUGAUCUUCUGCUGUUGGUAAACAUUUCCAUUCUAUCCUACUUCAGGGACUUUGUAGUUCUAGGCAUUAGGUUUACAAAAUACCACAUCUGUCUGCUCAUACAAAUCAUCUCUUCCACUUAUGGCUUUUUGCAUUAUCCAGCUUGCUUACUAGCUUGUAUAGAUUACUCUUUGAAUCUGUCUGGAGCCACCAAGCACUCACCUAAGUGGCAAAAGUUCUUUUACCUCUUGACAGUCACUUUAACCUGGAUUUCAGUCUUUGCUUAUGUUCUGGGAGAGCCAGCAAUCUCACAAAGCCUGCAGACACACAUAGCUGCUGUGUACCAAUGCCCUUCCUAUGUCAGCACUCAGAGUUACUGGCUGUCACUGUCUAUGCUGAUGGUUUUAUUUGUGGCUUUUCUGAUUUCGUGGCCAGAAGUUGUUGCCUUGGUACAGGCUAUGAGGAUAGUAUCCUAUAUGAACGAGACUGUCCUCUACUUUCCUUUCCCAUCCCACUCUGGUUACACUGUGCGCUCUAGAGAAGCACUCUUGCCCAGGCUUGUUGUGUGCUUUCUUGGUACCUGGUUUCCCUUUGUAGCACUUCAGGUCCUCACCCUCUCACUCAGAGUUCAAAUCCCAGCGUACAUGGACAUGAAUGUCCCCUGGCUGUACUUUGUCAACAGUUUUCUCAUUGCUGCAGUGUGUUGGUUGAACUGCCACAAGCUUUAUUUAAGAGGCAGCAUAUUAUCUGUAGAUCCUUUUGUCAACUGGAAAUGCUGUUUUGUUCCAAUCCAUAGACUUAAGCAAGUGGAGAGGCCUGUGUCCAUAAUCAUCUGUUAAUAUGCUGCUGUGUUGGGAGGAACUCCAUCCAGAAGCACCAAGAUCAAUCUUACGAGCAGGACAGAGGUGGCUCAGGACACGUAACUGAAGCCUAAUGUUCCCCUAAUGUUCUUCUGUUCAGCACAGCCUCUGUGUGGUGCAUAUUAAAUAGUGCUGAGCACACCUGAACACACCAAAGUUUUUAUGCCUGUUUAGCAACAUUGUGUAAGCAUUUGGUAUUAAUCCAAAAGUAAAAUAAACACAUGAAUAUGUGGCCAGCUUGAUGUUUUACUCCAAAAAACUACUGGAUGCAAAAUGUUAAAUAAAUUUAAGAUUUCACUGCCAACUUUAAAAUCUGAACUUAAAUAUGUUAACAACUUUAGAGCAAAAUAAAAUG